UUUGACAGUAAUUGAGGUUAGAAGUUGCUCUCAAUUUAUCUUGAUUAUAUCAUUACGUAAAAUCUAGUUUUUAGGUUUUAUUUAAUAAAAUAGAGCAAUGCCAUCAUCAGAACAUAGCAACUUUAUUGAAAAAUUUUUGAAGUCUUUCUAUAAUCUGUUCGAUUAUCCGGCCACUCUCAUUAAAGAAAAAAUUGUCGAACCAAACCAGCAGAGUUACCCAUGGUACCAUCAAAAAUUUAGGAGAGUUCCUACGAUCGAUCAGUGCUACAACGACGAUCCCAUUUGCUACUUCGAAGCGGAUCAGCAAUAUAAAAGAGACAGGCAAGUCGAUAGCGAAAUAUUGAGUAUUUUACGACAACGUUUUGAAGAUUGUAUGGUGUAUGAAGCCCCCGAUCACUUAGAAAAAUGUAAACACCUUCUGCAGCAAUACGAGGACGGGGCUACAGAUUGGUUUACCAAAUAUGGAGAUUUGGGGGCCUAUCACAAUGUGAAGGCAGCCUAUAUGAAGCAGAAACAUCGUAUGGUGUGGGAACGUAGGCAUGGCCCUGUCGGUUGUGGCAUGAAGGAGGAUUAAGCCCAGUUUAAUUGUUUAGUAUUUGCGAAUAGAGAUUGUAAUAUGAUUUAAUAAAGAAAAUUACAAAUCAAAAUUUA